GAGAGGCCACGUGAACUGUUCGUGUGACUUCAAAGGGCAAGCAGACAAGGCUACACAAGCGAGCACGUCGACGAGAACUGUCUCGAUAGUAGCGCAAGUCAGUCAUGGAGACCUUCAAGAGGACAGUGAAGCAGAGCAAACGACCCUAUCACAGCAAGCUGACGCUGUUAAGCAAGUUGAAGACACAGUGCAGGACAUACAAUCUCAGGUUGGUGAAGAUGACACACAACUGCCUCCUGUAAUUAGGAAAUCUGGACGUACACAAAGGCUAACUGAAAAGGGAAAGGCUCUGUUAGAUGAAAAAACGAAGGAUCUAAAUGCGAGUUUUGUAAAGAUGUACAGAAGGUGGAAGUAUCACAUCAAUGGCUUAAAACGGUCCAUUAAGAAUAAUGAUGCUGAUGAUCUGAUUGAUGAGAUUAUAAAUGCAAUCAAUACCAUCCAAGUUGACAUGGACAAUACUUACCUCAAAAUAAGAGCCAUUUCAAGUCCUGAACCUGACAUUCGAAGAAUGAAUGAUACAUGCCAGGCAUUCACUAGGAUUGCAAAUACAAAUGUUCAACAUUUCCGCAGUGGUGAUGAUUCAGAAUUCAUAUCUUGGCCUGAUGCUAAGUCAGUGUUUGACAGCACCGUAUCUAGUGUUUCCUCAGUUCAAACCGCUAAGUCAAAGGCUUCUUCCAAAGUAUCCAGACACUCUUCCAUCCUGUCCCUUAAUGCAAAACAAGCGGCAGCUGAAGUUGUAGCUACGCAAGAGGUGAUAAAGAUAACAAAUGCACAACGUCAGCAGAAAGAAGAAAUUCAAAGACUUGAGGUGGAAGACCAAAUCUUGAAGGCUGAAAGAGAAGCUAAAGAAAGGGAAAUUGAAGCAGAAAGUGCUAAAAAAAGAGCUCAGUUUAUAGCAGAAAGUGCUGAUAGAAAAAUAAAGCUGGAAGGGAAAAGAAGAGAAGUAGAGCGGCUAGAAGAACUUAAAGGGCAUGUUGCAGCUCAAGCAAGACUGCAGGUUUAUUCAGAAUCUGUCGAUCCACCACUUGCACUUAACCCUUUAAUGGAUCCAUUUUUCCCCUCCUAUCAAGCACCAGUCUCCCAAGCUCUUCCUGUGCAACAAGCCAAGUCCAGUCAAGUCCAUCACCCACAUGAGGUCACAGCCGCUAAAAACCCAAUCCCAUAUCCCUCCAUGUAUACCUCAUGUUCUGCUCCACAGCCAGACACAUUUUCUCAAGUCCCUGUAAGUCAAGUCAUCACUCCAACUGCACUUCCACUUAUGCAACAAGCACCAACCACUCAGGCUCUGUUUACUUCUCAUGAAACUUCCAAUGAUCUUGUGAGAACUCUAGCUGAAGCAAUCACAGCUAAUCGAUUUCCUAUUCCAGAACCUGAAGUUUUCAAAGGAGAUCCUCUCAAGUACAACGAUUGGAAGCUUUCCUUUGCUACUCUGAUUGAUCGCAAGAACCUGCUAACUCAAGAAAAGCUCUUCUUUCUACGCAGGUAUGUCGGCGGCUCAGCCAAGAGAGCUAUUGAAGGCCAUUUCCUUGUAGGAACAGAAGCAGCUUAUCGUGCUGCCUGGAAUGUACUUGAAGAAAGAUUUGGUAAUCCAUUCAUAGUUGCCAAGUCAUAUCGGGACAAGAUACAUGCAUGGCAUAAAAUCGCCCCCAAAGACAGUGAAAAUCUUCGUGAGUUUGUUGAUUUCUUGAUCAGUGUUGAAGCAGCUAUGCCAUAUGUUCAAGGUCUACAAUCUCUCAACGACUGUGUGGAAAACCAAAGGAUUACUGUCAAGCUCCCGGAUUGGCUGAGCUCACGCUGGAAUAGAGAAGCCACGAUUUAUCAAGAUGGACACCAAAUGUUCCCUGACUUCAAAUACUUCGUAAGAUUUCUCAACAUGGAGGCUCGAAUUGCAUGUAACCCCAUCACAUCAUUAUAUGCUGUCAAGCCUACUGAACAAGAAAGAUCAAAGCCAACCGAACGAGAACAGUUUAAGUAUCAACGAAAUCAAAACUUGAGUGCUAAGACUUUUACCAUUAAUACAAGUGAGAAGACAAGCAGCACGUGCAUGUUUUGCAAAAGGAAAGGCCAUACUCUCCAUAGGUGUCUCAAGAUUCGGGAAAAACCAGUUGAAGAAAGAGUUAAGUUUGUACAAUUGGAGAAAUUAUGUUUUGGCUGCCUUGGGAUUGGCCAUAACUCCAGAGCUUGUACAUCCAGGAGUGUAUGUGACCUAUGUGGAAAACGUCACCCCACUUGCUUGCAUCAAGAUCGUGAGAAGAAAGACCAAGAGCAAGGAAACAAGUACCAACAGUCUGAACCGAUUGAAAUACAACAAGCUACUUCUAAUCGAGUUGUGCAAGAGAAGAGCACCACCUAUACUUCAUCUAUCGUUCCAGUCUAUGUCUCCACGACAAUGGAACCAGACAAGGAAGUUUUAGUGUAUGCUUUACUUGAUAGUCAGAGCGACACCACGUUCAUUCUGAAGGAGGCAGCUGUAACAUUGGGUGCCAAGAGAGAGCCAGUAAAACUCAAAGUGUCCACGAUAACAUCAAAAACAAAGGUGGUGAAUAGCCAAAAGGUGCAAGGACUACAGGUAAGAGGCAUCAGCUCUGACACUAAAAUCAAACUCCCAACAACUUAUACCAGAGAUUACAUACCAGCAAACAGAUCCCAUAUACCCACAAGUACAACUGCAAGAUCCUGGCCUCACUUAGAGCAUUUGGCGGAUGAGAUGUCUCCUGAGCUUGACUGUGAAGUGGGAUUGUUAAUCGGCUAUAACUGUCCACAAGCCUUACUUCCCAGAGAGGUCAUCAUGGGCAAUGAAACCCAGCCAUAUGCACAAAGGUCUGUGUUGGGUUGGAGCAUUAUUGGCUACAGCAGACCUGUAAUUGACUAUGCUGAUGAAGAUGAAAUUGGUGUGAGUCACCGGAUCAUCAUAAAGAAAGUUCAGCCAGCCACUAAGCCCUCUUCUGAGCUCAAGUCUGAGGUUCAUUUUGUUUAUAGGACUCAAGUGAAGGAAAUGAUCACUCCAGCAGAUAUACUCAAGGUCUUUGAGUCAGAUUUUACUGAGAAGUUCAGUGAAGAAUCUCUAAUCUCACAAGAAGAUAUUAAGUUCUUGGUGAAGCUAAAGGAGAGAAUCAAGCAGAAGGCAAAUGGGCAUUACGAAAUGCCAUUGCCUUUCAAGGAAGAGAGGCCAAGUCUGCCAAACAACAAGGUGUGUGCAGAACAUAGACUCAAAUGUCUGGGGAAGCGUCUUAAGAAAGACAGUCAAUAUCACAAGGAUUAUGUGGCCUUUAUGGAGGACGUAAUAGCAAGAGGUGACGCUGAAAAGGUUCCAGAGUCAGAGGUGAUCAAUCAGAACACGUGGUAUAUCCCUCACCAUGGGGUUUACCACCCCCAAAAGCCAGGAAAGAUUCGUGUGGUAUUUGAUUGUUCAGCUAAGUUUCAGAAUACAUCAUUGAAUGAGCAUCUACUCACCGGCCCAGACCUUACAAAUACCCUUGUAGGGGUCUUGUGUCGUUUCCGCAAAGGACAAGUAGCCAUCAUGUGUGAUGUAGAGCGGAUGUUCCAUCAAUUUCAUGUUGCACCAAUGGAUCAAGACUAUCUCAGGUUUUGUGGUGGGAAAGAGGCAAUAUGGAAGCUCCACCGUCAGUGUUCCGCAUGA